CGCCGUCAGGUGACCGCGCCCGGGCCUCACCCAGGGAACGGGCCGCGGAGCAAGAUGGCGGCACACUUGUCCUACGGGCGAGUGAACCUCAAUGUACUGCGCGAAGCUGUGCGUCGCGAGCUGCGCGAAUUCUUGGACAAGUGCGCGGGGAGCAAGGCAAUAGUUUGGGAUGAGUACCUCACGGGACCCUUUGGCCUGAUUGCCCAGUAUUCACUACUGAAGGAACAUGAAGUGGAAAAAAUGUUCACACUUAAAGGAAGUCGUUUGCCGGCAGCUGAUGUCAAGAAUAUUAUUUUUUUUGUCAGACCCAGGCUAGAACUGAUGGAUAUAAUUGCUGAAAAUGUGCUCAGUGAAGAUAGACGUGGCCCAGCAAGAGAUUUCCACAUUUUGUUUGUGCCGCGCCGUAGCUUGCUAUGUGAACAGCGGUUGAAGGACCUGGGUGUUUUGGGAUCCUUUAUCCACAGGGAAGAGUACAGUUUAGAUCUCAUCCCAUUCGAUGGGGAUCUCUUGUCCAUGGAGUCAGAGGCUGCAUUCAAAGAGUGCUACCUGGAGGGUGAUCAGACGAGCCUGUACCACGCGGCCAAGGGGCUGAUGACCCUGCAAGCCCUAUAUGGAACGAUCCCCCAGAUCUUUGGGAAAGGGGAAUGCGCCCGGCAAGUGGCCAACAUGAUGAUCAGGAUGAAGAGAGAGUUCACAGGAAGCCAGAAUUCAGUAUUUCCUGUUUUUGAUAACCUCUUGCUGCUUGAUCGAAAUGUGGAUUUACUGACACCUCUGGCUACGCAGCUCACCUAUGAAGGGCUCAUUGACGAAAUUUAUGGCAUUCAGAACAGCUAUGUGAAGUUACCCCCAGAGAAAUUCGCGCCUAAGAAGCAGGGUGAUGGUGGGAAGGAGCUCCCCACAGAGGCCAAGAAGCUGCAGCUCAACUCGGCAGAGGAGCUCUACGCCGAGAUCCGAGACAAGAACUUCAACGCAGUGGGCUCCGUGCUCAGCAAGAAGGCUAAGAUCAUCUCUGCGGCCUUUGAGGAGCGGCACAAUGCCAAGACAGUGGGGGAGAUCAAGCAGUUCGUGUCCCAGCUGCCCCACAUGCAGGCAGCCAGGGGCUCGCUCGCAAACCACACCUCCAUCGCAGAGCUCAUCAAAGACGUGACCACUUCUGAAGACUUCUUUGAUAAAUUAACAAUGGAACAGGAGUUUAUGUCUGGAAUAGACACUGAUAAGGUCAACAAUUACAUUGAGGACUGUAUCGCCCAAAAGCACCCACUGAUCAAAGUGCUACGGCUGGUUUGCCUCCAGUCCGUGUGCAACAGCGGACUCAAGCAGAAGGUUUUGGAUUAUUACAAAAGAGAAAUCCUCCAGACCUACGGCUACGAGCACAUCCUGACCUUGCACAACCUGGAGAAGGCUGGCCUGCUGAAACCGCAGACGGGGGGCAGGAACAGUUACCCCACCAUUCGGAAGACGCUCCGCCUCUGGAUGGACGACGUCAAUGAGCAAAACCCUACAGACAUAUCCUACGUGUACAGUGGCUAUGCACCGCUCAGCGUGCGACUGGCCCAGCUGCUGUCCCGGCCGGGCUGGCGCAGCAUCGAGGAAGUGCUCCGCAUCCUCCCGGGGCCCCACUUCGAGGAGCGCCAGCCGCUGCCCACGGGGCUGCAGAAGAAACGGCAACCUGGGGAAAACCGAGUCACCUUGAUAUUUUUCCUUGGGGGUGUAACGUUUGCUGAAAUCGCCGCCCUGCGCUUUCUGUCCCAGCUGGAAGAUGGAGGCACAGAGUACGUCAUUGCCACCACCAAGCUAAUGAACGGGACCAGCUGGAUAGAGGCGCUGAUGGAAAAACCUUUCUAGGAUGUCCCAGGACACGCGGAGGGCACUGCACAGCAGCUGCCUCCCUGAAGGAGACACUGAGAGAAAGGGAAGCCCUGCAGAGGGAACCGAGUCCAGCGGCCUCGCCUCGGAGUCUGUUUCUUGUGCUAGUGUUUUCUCCUGCCUGCUUCCCAUUUGGGUUCUUAAUUAUUUGAAGAAAGAAGAGGAGGACUGUAUUGCCCUGGGUAAAAGAGAUACGGGUUUUGAAUUUUUUAAGCUCAUGGUCUUCAUGCGAGGCCCCUGGCAUUACAGCAGGAUGUGGGGACGGAGGAUCCUUACGGCCCCCCAGAUGGAGGAGGUUCUUAAAGUAGGAGAGUAGAGACCGGGGAGGUCAGAAUGGAAAGUCCGGGCCCUGGUCCAAGGGGCUGUAUUUCUGGAAGACGCCGCACCUGGGGUGUGUGGCAGUGGCUGUGCGUUGAGGUCUGGAGCCGAUGUCGCUGUCCCAGCAUGACUCCUCCUCAAGAGGAAGGCUCCUUGUGUUUGUGUCUCUAACUUCGCUCCUGUCUGAUCGCUGAGCAAAUUUUGUUCCUUCAAGAAGGAAGAGCUUGCAUAGAUUCUUACCAGAAACAAGGUGCACGCUCUGCGGUCAGCUGCCUGUGUGGUGCCAUGCCUGUCAAGCACUUUCUACCCCGAGGAACAGAAUAAUGGGGAGCAGCUUCCAGGUAAUUCCGCCAUCAAAGACACUCCCUUAGCGCCUGUGUUGGUGACUCCAGGAAUUUCUGUGAUAGCUGCUGCCAAGGAGAUGUUGUUUUUAUUCCCCAUCCGUCCUGGGCUCAGCUUCUAGUUGGUUCCACCAUGAGCAGUGGAACUGUUAUUCCUUGGGCAUCUGGCCACUCUGUCUCCAUGGUAAUGCCACACGGUCGUCUGGGGCCACACGGACUCACCCUCUCCAUCCAUUUUGUUUGUGGAUACCUAGCUCUGUUUCAGUCCCUGGCCUGGUGACCUUGGACACACCUGAUGGAUCUCAUUGACAGAGUCCAGCAGCCACAGCCGCCACUCCUGCUGGGCACUGUUGGCUGUGAUGGAGAGCGGAGAGUUCAGAGAUCCAUGUGUGUUCCCCACCUCCCGCCUCACCCCAGUGUCCAGGGGAGUUAAGAGCACAGCGGGUGGCCACGUGGAUGGCUUUCCUGCCACGCCCAGGUAUCCAGCAAAGUCAGCUGGUCCCCAGCGUUGCUGGGUCACAUUCCUGUUUUGGUUUCCCUUAUUAAUCACAACUUGCACAUUUUCUGUCUCCUUCUCACUAGUGGAAAUUUUUUCUUUUUUCUUCUUUUUUUGGUUUUUAGAUACAGGGUUUCACUAUGUAGCCCAGGCUGGCCUCGAACUCAUGGCAGUCCUCUUGCUUCAGCCUCCCGAGUACUGGGAUUACAGUGGCAUUCUGAUAGCUACAUUGCAUGUUAUGAGUGGUAGACAUUAUGGAUUUUUAAGAAAACAGCAGGGGUGAGGCCAGCCUGGGCUACAAAAUGAGACCCUGUUUCCAAACAAAAACCUAUUUAGUGUAAGAAUGAAGAGGCAGCAGAGGUGAUGUUUAUGUAUUUUUCCAGUGCAUUUUAUUUCAAAGAGAAAAAAAUAAAAAUUUCAAAACACCA